AUGGAGGGCAGCUCAGCAACAACUGCACAACCGACCAUGGACGCGACAACCCCAGGCAUCGACGUUUCAACACCAAACACAAUCUCAUCCGCCGUCCUCAACGAUGCCGUCAGCGAGAAUGUCAAGAACAUCAAGCGCAAAGUCAUCAGCGUCUCUAAACUCAUGGAGAUCUUCAAGAACAAAGAGUCUGAGAUGGACGCGGUCAAGAAGGAACUGGAGGCCGCCAAAGCACAGAUCGGUACUCUCCAACAAGCCGUGGCGAACACACCUGUCGUAAAUAACAACGAAGUCGACGAGCUCAAGGCAGAGGCGGAAGUGACAAAGACAAAGCUGAAGGAGUCUGAGGCCCAGAUCAGCAAGCUCGCGCAGUCGCUCAAGUCCCAGCAGAUGUUGAAUCACCAACUCGAGGAGAAGACGCACGGACAGGAGCGCCUCACCGCCGAGGUCUUGGAUCUUCAAAAGAAGCUCAGCCUUACCAACAAAAAUCUCGAGCAGGCAAAUCGCAAGCGGAGUACUGAAGUGACAGCACUGCGAGAAAAGUUGAUGAAGGCAACUGCGGAGAACUCCGACAGAGCCGCAUGGAUAGCAGAGAACCGGAAAAAGUGGCAACAGGAGGAAGAGACCCGGAAAUCCAAGCGCGAAACAGAACUAGAGAGCAAGGUCGAGGAGCUCACUGGUCGUUUGGAUGAUGUGGCAACAGAACGGUACCUCGACAUGGAGCUUGCCAAGGAGGAGGUCAAAACUGCCGAAGAGAAACAUCAGAGGUUGGCCAAGAAGGUCGAGGAGCUGCACGAGAAACAAAAGGCGCUGAACACGAUCAUCAUUGACCUUCGGAACGAGAACUCGGAACUUGAGCGUCGACUAGAGAACCACCAGGACACUGAGGAGUUUAUGGAGAUGGGGGGCGCGGACGACUUUUUCGAAGAGAUUAUCCCAGAACAAGGAGGGGCAGGAGAAGCAGGAGGCUCUCAGCAGACAGCAUUGAUCAGCACUGUUGAGCACACCAAGUCACCCAUCAUGACCGUCAAGUCACCCAUCAUGACCGUCAAGUCGCCCAUCAUGACCGUCAAGUCACCCAUCAUGACCAUCAAGUCACCUGUUCUGGCUGCCAAGUCGCCCAUCAUGAUCAAGUCUCCAGUAAUGACUGCCAAAUCCCCAGUUAUGAGCAGGAUAUCAAAACCAACGGGACCAAUGUCGCCACCAAUGGCGCCUGUUCAGCUCAAUGCAGGCGACCUUUCAAAGCUGCAGUUGGAUUCGGCCUUGGACACUCUGGAACAACUAAAAACUCAGUUCUCGAUGCUUCGAUGGGUCAGUGGCAGCACGGAUGACAAGCAGAGGAUUGCGAUUCUGGAGGAACAGGUCGUGACUCUAACCAAGGAGAGGAGUGCCCUUCAGGAGACGCUCACGCGCCAACUCACGAUGCCACGACCAUUCACCCCACCAUCACCACAUAUCCCAACCAGCAUGUCAGCGGUGACUGCCCCGACUGCAGACGACACUAUUGCACGAGUCGAACCGCCGGCAAGGAAGGGCAAGAGAAGACGAAUCGAGGAAGAGGUGGAGGAUCUGGAGAUGGAUCUUGACCACGGCGUCGUCACAGGACUCGAUCACCAUGAAGACAUCAUUGCUUAUGUUAAGGAACCUGUACGACAUAGCGGGGCAAUAACGCUCUCAGCAUCUUCGGCAAAACCAGCAGCACCGUCGGGAACGACAGCGUCAGAAGUACCAGAAACACCAAUACGACGCAAGCCUGGCCGACCAAAGAAGAAUCCCGAGGCCGUUCCAGAGCCGCCCAAGCAGAAGCGAAAGUACACCAAGCGAGAGACGAAGGCCAGUGUCAGCACAACGGACUUUUCGCAGCUUGAGAUCAGGAAUAUUUCGGUCAACCCGCUUACACCUUCUAUCACGAACCCCCUCGCCUACUUCUCGUCGUUGAUGAACUCGCCCAUUGUCGACGACAGCCAAGCACACACCAAACUGGACAUCAUUGCGACCAUUUUGCCGGCCAAACUGGAUGCAUUGUUUGAGGCUGUACAAAAGAAAAUUCCCGAUAUCGUCUCUACCGUUAAAGCACACAGGAAAAAGUUCAUUCAUUACAGCGACAAAGUCCAAGCAUGGUCGCUUGACGGAUUCGACGACAUUACGAUUUCCAAGAGCUUUUCGGACCCAGAGACCAACAUUGCCCUCCUGAUCUGUCUUUUGGACGCACGGUUCCCAGAGAUAGGCAUCCCUUCAAAAUUUUACACGUUCGCUUAUGAGUCGAUAUUGCAUGAAGCAACCAAGGAAGAUCGAGUGGAAACCACAUCGAUUCUGCUGAGAGUGCUGACAGCAGUAAACCAGGCCAAGAACGACUCGCAGCCCAUCCACAUCCUCGCGUACGACCUUUUGCGUGAGACAACCAUCCCCAAAGUUACUCUUUUCCUCUCCGAGACCAUCGCCGCCGUUUGGCCCUCGAUAUUUAUCAUCCCAUCCGAUGCCAAAGAUGAAGCAGAUCCUCGAAGACUCAUGUUUACAGCAUUCCAAGCAGUCCUUGGGUCUUUGCAGGCAGGUGCUGGCGAGGGUACAAAGAAUUACUUUGCGACGUUUACCAAGAAGUGUGGCUGGCCAGUCUUCGAUGAAGCGCCAUAUAUGGAUGAGGUGAUCAAGAGCAUCAUGGACACUGUUCAAGCACCAGGGUUUGUUGAGAAGUGUCAGACAACACCAGGGUUCGAGUUCUCGAUCCGCAAGGCACUUGAACUGCUGUUGAUCUAUGCCUAUGAUUGGGAGGAGCUCUUCAACGAUGUUCUCAAGCCCACCCUUUUCAAACAGAUUUUUGACCCUACACUCCACAAGUUUGCCUUGCCACUUGUUGCUGCGGUCGUUCGAGAGGCACGUUGCAAGUCUGUGGACUCGGAGGGCCAGAACACGACGAACGAAACUCAGCCUGUCCUACAGAUGCUCAAUGCGAUCUUAAAAGCUGAGGCGACUUUGAGCCACCAAGCGCAGUCGGCGCUGGCGAUUGUGGCGUUGAGCAAUGGCCAGAGGGAGCAGCUGGCGGAGGUGUGCCAGUGGUAUGAGGGGUUGAAGCAGGCCGAACGAGUGUCUAUGCCGCGGACCCUUCAAGAUGUCCUUGCGUAA